ACUUGGGAAGCACUCACUCGCUCGCUUAAUUUUUCUCCACAGCUGUGACGGGAUGCAAGUAAACAACCAGCGGCUAGAGCUUCGAAGAAUGAUCUUCUGAAAGUCCAAGAGACUACCAUCGAUUGGAAGGAUUCACUUCAUAUGUGUACAGUAACAAGCUGAAGCAAGAUAGUCUAGCUGAUGACACGCCGAGAAACGCAUUCCACGCUGUAUUUACCCCAUUUCUCCGCUUAUCUCAGUCAAACUCCUACUAGCCUCUGAGUCCACUUAUUUCUCAGUCCAACGUACCACACUCACCCCCAUUAGACCUAAAGUUACUCUGAAUCAAAUCUGAGCCGUUGAUUAUAUUUGCUCACGCUGGACUGUAGAAGCAACGAUGAAAGUUGAUCGAAAACAUAUAAUUGCAAGAUGGGCAAAUCGUGAAUUCCAAAAGUUUCCACAACAACGCAUACAAACUUCCCUCUUAUUACAUUCAAUUGGACGUCGUGUGACAUAGUUUUCAUGGUAAGUUACAAAUCUUGUUGGAUCGCUUUCAUCAAGAAAACAGGAGACUAUCCAGGGCUUGCAGUUUGUUUAGACGAAGUGAAGCAAAAGUCACAGCCAAAAGAUUCUGUUACUUCAAUUAGGAAAGCUGAGUUGCUCGAAAUCCGAGGUUCAUGCUGGUAAAGAGCCUCAAAAAUAUGGGAAGAGUGACAAGUUGCUAUGAGCAAGGUUGAAGCUACUGUAUUAACAACGCGGAAAAUCUCCGCGAGAUGCCGCCUGCCAAGAAAUGCCUCGGCUUCUCAUACACGAGAUCUGUACCUUCAAAGAAACGCUUUUGCUCAUACGAAGAGACAAUGGAUGCUCCUUCAAUAGGAAUAAGUGCUCAUCUGAUUGACAAGCGUGCGAGGCCCUGAUCUUGCCCGAAUUAGGAGAGAACCGUAGUCAUCAACUGCUUCGUGAUAAACCGAACUGUAUUUCUUCUCCUUCCCAUGUAAAUUUGUCUUCGCCUUCCUUCCCCGAGUGUUGGACUUCGCCAGAAACUCUCUGCUCAUACACGCAAAAUGUCUUCCACAGCUCUUCUCCGGACAGCGAGAGCUUACACCAGAAAUAACACCAAAGUGCGGAGAAACUCCCCACGCCUCAAUUGAGACGAACUGACAAUUGAAUCUCUAGCAAUCGCUCCUUUUUGCCCGCACAUUCUCCUCCACAUUUCGACGCAAUGAGAUCAACAAAGUGCUCCCGUCUGCGGCCGAAGCCCUUAAAGAUAUGAAACCCAAUUCCACCGUCCUCUGUGGCGGCUUCGGUCUCUGCGGUGUUCCCGAUACCCUUAUCGACGAAGUUAUCAACAAGCCAGAAAUUACAGGGAUCACUGCCGUGUCAAACAACGCUGGAACGGAUACCUCUGGGCUGGGCAAACUGUUAAAGACAAAGCAGAUCAAGAAAAUGAUUGCGAGCUAUAUCGGCGAGAACAAGACUUUUGAGAAGAUGUACUUAACCGGAGAAGUGGAGCUGGAGCUCACACCACAAGGAACACUUGCUGAGCGCUGUGCGUCUGGGGGCAAGGGAAUACCUGCUUUCUACACACCUGCGGCUUUCGGAACAGUCGUCCAGACUGGAGAGCUGCCCCUACAGAACAAUCCCGACGGAACACCAAAAGUAUACUCAUACCCCAAAGACGUCAAGGUCUUUGAUGGAAAGCAGUAUCUACUGGAAGAGAGUAUCAAGGGCGACUAUGCCUUUGUGAAAGCAUGGAAAGCAGAUAAACUAGGUAACUGCCAGUUCCGACUCACUGCCAACAACUUCAAUGGAGCUAUGGGCAGAAAUGCCAAGAUUACCAUUGUAGAGGCUGAGCACAUCGUCGAGCCCGGAGAUAUUCCUCCUGAGGCUGUUCAUCUCCCAGGUAUCUAUGUCAAGCGUGUUAUUCAAUCGACGACAGAGAAGGGCAUUGAGAAGUACACAUUCGCCAAAGACCCCAAUGACCCCGAGGCCAAGUCUGCACUUGGAAGCGGCGAGACGGCUGCUAAGAGAGAGCGCAUUGUUAAGAGGGCGGCUAAAGAGUUCAAGAACGGAAUGUAUGCCAACUUGGGAAUUGGCAUGCCCAUGCUAGCGCCUGGAUUUGUCGGCCCUGAGGUCGAGGUCCAGCUGCAAUCUGAGAAUGGUAUUCUUGGGCUUGGACCAUAUCCAGUCAAGGGCAAGGAGGACGCCGAUCUCAUCAAUGCCGGUAAGGAGACUGUCACACUGAAGCCUGGCGCCGCGGUAUUUGGUAGCGAAGAGUCUUUCGGUAUGAUCAGAAGUGGUCGGGUCAACCUCACAAUCCUUGGAGCUAUGCAAGUCAGCGGCAAUGGAGAUCUGGCAAACUGGAUGUUGCCAGGAAAGAUAAAGGGCUUUGGUGGUGCUAUGGAUUUGGUCAGUAACCCAGAGAAGACCAAGGUUGUUGUCACGAUGGAGCACACAGAUAAGAAGGGCAAUGCGAAGAUUGUCAAGCAAUGCGCUUUCCCGUUGACGGGCAAGGCAUGUGUUUCCAUGAUUAUUACGGAAUUGGGAGUAUUUAAUGUGGACUUCGCAACCGGAUUGACAUUGAUCGAGAUUGCUGAUGGUGUGACUGUUGAUGAAAUCAAGAGCAAGACCGAAGCUCCAUUUAAAGUUGCGGAUGAUUUGAAGCCAAUGUUGUGAUUGUAUAUUGCUUAGUCGGAGUUCUUUUUAACGCAUGAUGGAGUUACAUAGCAUGGUUGGAUAUGGAUGGGAAAAUGUAUUCAUUGCAAUUGAGAAAAAUAAUCCGCCGUUUGUUGA